UCUCCAACGAGACCCUGAAAAUAAGUGACGUGCAUUUUGUUCUUUUGUUUCCGCAUCUUGGAGAUUCAUCCCGCAGUUUCUUCCACCAUCAGACCAUCAUCCGGUGCUUCCACCUCACAGAAGCGUUUUAUGUCAAACACACUACUCUAACAUGUUCCCUUGAAUCUACCGGAGUUAUCAAAGCUAAGUCUCCUUCGUCUCUGCAACCCAAACAAUGAGCAGAUCAAGGCCCCUCCAGGGCGCCUGCAACUGCGGCCGAAAUCACUAUGCCAUCGUCGUCCCCGAAAAUGCUAAAGAACAGGCCCAAGUCUUCUUCGAUGACAGCAGUGAGAGCAGACGGAGUCAAGCAACGCCAUUGACAGCAUGGCUCAGGGUGCCAUUGACGUGGUACUCAUCCUCAACUCAAGCAUUCUUCCCCGAUGAGACGCACUCCUCCAUCAGACGCACCUUCAGCCCUUUACACACUCCUCAUACCCAGCGAAUCUUUUGCGGAUACUGUGGAACGCAUCUCUCCUUCUGGUCCGAACAGCCUCCUUCCGAAGCAGACUUUCUGAACAUCACUUUGGGUAGUCUCGUGAACGACGAUAUUCGUGCACUUCAAGACCUGGAGUUGGUUCCUGGAGAUUUCGACCCGGAUGAUGUACGGCCCUCACAGACUACCACCGAACAAGCUCCAGCUACGCAGCGGGACGAUCAAAACCUCACCCGGACGGGACACAAUGGGCAGUCUGGAGACCUGUCAUGGUUUGAAGAGAUGUUGGAUGGUAGCAGACUUGGCCGGACCCACAACAUCAGAAGAGGCGUGGGCGUCAGCUCUGACGGUAAUACCAGAGUAGAGUGGGAAGUCUCGGAAUACGUGGACGACGGAACGGCAGAUGCACACCAGACUGGGUCAAAACGCAAGAUUGGUGACAUCGGGAAUGAUGAUGAGAAAAUGGAAGACUAGCGUUGUCGACCUUCAAAAGUGAAGGUUCGCAGCGCGUGGUUCCAGAGCAUCGCGCAGGAGUUUAGAGGCCAAAGUCAGCUGGCUGUUACGGACACAGGGAACAAUGCACAGACAGG